AGAGUAGCGUUUGCGCUGCUUGACGCUGUUCACCACAAGGCCUUUGCCAACCAUGGCCGCCAUGGCCCAUUCUGCGCUGACUGAUGAACCGAUGUCUCGCGACUUAUUGGAUGGACUUGCGCCCCGUCAUGAGGGGCGCAACACUCGUAUUUUUCGUUUCCUAGCUGCUGCUGGAAUGGUCAUCGGGCAAGUUUCGCAGAACGUGGCUCUUCCCGUGCUCUCCGACACAAUUGGAGCAGCAGGUGGCAGCCCUUACUUCGUGGUUUGGUUGGCUUGUCUCAGUUUCGUGGUGCUCUUCGGUGGAGCUAUCGUGAUCCGAUUUGCCAUGCCCGGUGGCCUUUGCUCACGAGAUGCCUUGAUGUUGUCUUCCGAUGCUCAGCGCGAUGUUUGGAAGAUUGGCUUCUACAACGCUUUGAAUGGAAUGAUGGUCGUGUUUGCUAGUCCUUCCUCACGCACAGCUCCAUUCCUGCAAGCCAUUCUUGGCAACUUCAUGAUCCCAAUCACCGUCCUUGUCCGUGUGUGGUUCCUUAAGGCAUAUCCAUCCAAGUGGGAAAUCGUGGCUGCCAUGAUCGUAGUUUGCGGAGUGUUCCUUUCAGUUGGCCCCACCAUGGUCAACGGCCAGGAUGAAGCUGGCAACAGUGUGUUCUGGCCGAUGUGGUUCAUGUGCGGCUUCAUACCAGCUGCCUUCAUGAAUGUCACAGAAGAGAGCGCCCUUAGCAAGAAUCAGAAUGCGCGGAUGGGGGUCUUCGUCUUUUGGCUCAACUUUUGGCAGUUUGUCUUCGUCUCCUUCUUCUUUUGGGUCGAUGUGAUUCCUGGCUAUGGAAUGAGCUCAAACUUGGGUGAAUGGGCUCAUCACAUGCAAAAUGGCAUGUCGUGCUUCCUCUUCGGCGAGACCUGUGGUGGCAAGGCAUUCCUAUGGGGCAUGAGCUAGCAACGCUGGCGCAGGGCCACGGCGGCCAUCCACUUUGCGAGUGCAGCUUGCUGCGGCGUGGACAGAGGCGCGAGCACAUGCAGGCUGGUGCUGACAGAUGCGGGCCAAUGAUUGCUCAGGAGCUGGCAAAGCUGGCAAGGGCCACGGCGGCCGUCCACUUUGCGAGCGCAGCUUGCUGCAGCAGCGUGGACAGAGGCGGGAACGCAGGCUUGGCCAAGUUUAAGCUUUUGGAGGUGCUGAAAAAGGCAGUGGUUGUAUCCCUGGUUGGUCCCCUUGGCAUCCUAUGGUGGGCAGGCUUCGACGCAACGCCACAAUUUCACUGGGGUCCUUCCUGGGGUAAGGACAAGACCUUUGCCGUUCUCGGGCUCGCAGUGAUGCUUCCAGGGAUUGUGUUUUUCAAACUGGCUGGAAAGCUUGCAAAAAUUUGAAGCAAGCGCGCCUCGCAGCUCAUGCCUUAGGCACUGCGAGUUUUUGCCUCGAUAGUCACUUGGGCUAUUGUUAAUCGGCAACCGUUUUGUAAGGACCAACAGGCUGACAAUGCCAUUAGCAAACCACUGAUCGCGGACAUGG